GACAAAGGAGGCCCCCGAAUAUCUUCGAUUUCGUUUUCAAGGUUCAUCACCCAAACAUUUGCAUGUUCUCUUGUAGAACGUCUCCCAGACCAUACAAAACCUGCAUUAAAUGCUCUUGCUACUCCAAGCAUUACAAAUACUUAUGAGCCCUGACGGUGAACUCACCAAACAAACCUUAACAGUCAUUCAUUCUGUGACAUCGAUUUCCAAGAUCAUCUCUCGCCAUGUCUACUCUCUUUCUUUUGCUUCUCAUCUGUCUUUCUUUGCAUGCAUGCAAUGCUCGCUUUCUUCGCCUUACUGACAAGGAAACCAAAAAACAAGUCCUGAACAAGGUUUUGGUGCAAGAUGUCGAUAAACUGAAUAUCAAUAGAACUACUUUAGCUCCAUCGGAGAUGAUGCCUCCAGUUUCAGAGGAGCAAGGAGCACAAGGACAAGAAGUAGUUGGAAGAGAUGAAACAAUUACUCGUAAGAUCAGUUUACUUAGUGCAACCACUAUGAAAAAGAAAGAUGAAGAAGCUUUUAUGAAGCAAGAAGAAGGCACAAAAGGAGCAACUUCAGGAAAUAAAGUUAUCGUAUCUUCACAGGCUGAUUUGCAACAGUCGUCUAAAAUAAUAAUAGAGGGAUUGAAGGGGCGAGGACGAUCUAUGCUAGGAUCAACAGCGAAUGAUACCGAGGAAGCUGUGCGAUCUGAGGAAAAUGACAUUGCCGAGGAUGUAGCUGUCAUGGAUUAUGCACAACCCCAUCGGAAACCACCCAUCCACAAUAAAAAACCCUAGACCAGUAUAUAUAUUGUGAUAAUACAUGUACUUAUAAACCCAGCUCCUCCAAAUUUCUGUUUAAUGGAAGAUGAUCAUAUUUUCAAGAUUUGCAUGCAAUAAUAAUGUAAAAAUGAUCAGAACAAGGUAAAAAAACAAUUUUCAAGAACACUUUUUCAUAUUUUCUGUCAGAAAUAAGAGUGAUACUUGUGAUCGAUAUUGUUAAGCA